AUGAAGUCGUUGCCACCACUUCAUCCAUCAUUAGCAACUACAUAUCAAACCAUUGGAUUAGUCUACCAGAACAAAGCUGAAUACGAUAAGGCAUUAGAAUAUUAUGAAAAAGGACUGGAUAUUCAACUGAAGUCGUUGCCACCCCUUCAUCCAUUAUUAGCAACUACAUACAAUAAUAUUGGAUUAGUUUACACAGACAAACAUGAAUACGAUAAGGCAAUAGAAUAUUAUGAAAAAGCAUUGGAAAUUAAACUUAAGUCGUUGCCACCCCAUCAUCCAUCAUUAGCAACUAUAUAUAGUAAUAUUGGAAUACUAUACACAACGACAGGUGAAUAUCAUAAUGCAUUAGAACAUAUUGAAAAAGCACUGGAAAUUGAACUGAAGUCGUUGCCACCCCUUCAUCCAUCAUUAGCAACUACGUACACUAAUAUUGGAUCAAUCUACAAUGACAAAGGUGAAUAUGAUAAAGCAUUAGAAUAUUAUGAAAACGGACUGGAAAUUAAACUGAAGUCGUUGCCACAUCUUCAUCCAUCAUUAGCAACUACGUAUGGUAAUAUUGGAUCAAUUUACAAUCACAAAGGUGAAUACGAUAAGGCAUUACAAUAUUAUGAAAAAGGACUCGAAAUUGAAUUGAAGUCGUUGCCACACCUUCAUCCAUCAUUAGCAACUACAUACCAUAAUAUCGGAUCCAUCUACGGUGACAAAGGUGAAUAUGAUAAAGCAUUAGAAUAUUACGAAAAAGGACUGGAAAUACAACUGAAGUCGUUGCCACCCUUUCAUCCAUUAUUAGCAACUACAUACAAUAAUAUUGGAUUAGUUUACUGUAAGAAAGGUGAAUAUGAUAAAGCAUUAGAAUAUUAUGAAAAAGCACUGGAAAUUCAAGUGAAGUCGUUGCUACCCUUUCAUCCAUUAUUAGCAACUAUAUAUGGUAAUAUUGGAUUAGUUUACAGUGACAAAGGUGAAUACGAUAAGGCAUUAGAAUAUUAUGAAAAAGCAUUGGAAAUUCAACUGAAGUCGUUACCACUCCUUCAUCCAUCAUUAGUAACUACAUAUGGUAAUCUUGGAUCAGUCUGCAAGGAGAAACGUGAAUACGAUAAGGGAUUAGAAUAUUAUGAAAAAGGACUGGAAAUUCAACUGAAGUCGUUGCCACCCCUGCAUCCAUCAUUAGCAACUAUAUAUGGUAAUAUUGGAUUAGUUUACAGUGACAAAGGUGAAUACGAUAAGGCAUUAGAAUAUUAUGAAAAAGGACUGGAAAUUCAACUGAAGUCGUUGUCACCCCUUCAUCCAUUAUUAGCAACUACAUACAAUAAUACUGGAUUAGUUUACCAAAAGAAGGGUGAAUACGAUAAGGCAUUAGAAUAUUAUGAAAAAGCAGUGGAAAUUCAACUGAAGUCGUUGCCACUCGUUCAUCCAACAUUAGCAACUACAUAUAGUAAUAUUGGAAUACUUUACACAACGACAGGUGAGUAUCGGAAGGCAUUAGAAUAUGUUGAAAAAGCACUGGAAAUUGAACUGAAGUUGUUGCCACCCCUUCAUCCAUCAUUAGCAGCUACAUAUAGUAAAAUUGGAAUAUUUUACACGGCGACAGGUGAAUACCAUAAGGCAUUAGAAUAUGUUGAAAAAGCACUGGAAAUUGAACUGAAGUCGUUGCUACCCCUUCAUCAAUCAUUUGGAACUGCAUACACUAAUAUUGGAUCAAUCUACAAUGACAAUGGUGAAUACGAUAAAGCAUUAGAAUAUUAUGAAAAGGGACUGGAAGUUAAACUGAAGUCGUUGCCACACCUUCAUCCAUCAUUAGCAACUACAUACAGUAACAUUGGAUCAGUUUACCAGAAGAAAGGUGAAUACGAUAAAGCAUUAGAAUAUUAUGAAAAAGAACUGGAAAUUAAACUGAAGUCGUUGCCACACCUUCAUCCAUUAUUAGCAACCACAUACAAUAAUAUUGGAUUACUUUACGAGAAGAAAGGUGAAUACGAUAAGGCAUUAGAAUAUUAUGAAAAAGAACUGGAAAUUAAACUGAAGCCGUUUCCACAGCUUGCUCCAUCAUUAGCAACUACAUAUGGUAAUAUUGGAUCAGUUUACCAGAGGAAAGGUGAAUACGAUAAGGCAUUAGAAUAUUAUGAAAAAGAACUGGAAAUCGAACUGAAGUCGUUGCCACCCCUUCAUCCAUCAUUAGCAACUACAUAUCAUAGUAUUGGAUUGGUUUACUAUAAGAAAGGUGAAUACGAUAAGGCAUUAGAAUAUUACGAAAAAGAACUGGAAAUUCGACUAAAGUCGUUGCCACCUUUUCAUCUAUUAUUAGCAACUACAUACAAUAAUAUUGGAUUAGUUUACUGUAAGAAAGGUGAAUAUGAUAAAGCAUUAGAAUAUUACGAAAAAGCACUGGAAAUUGAACUGAAGUCGUUGCGACCCCUUUAUCCAUUAUUAGCAACUACAUACAAUAAUAUUGGAUUAGUUUAUCAAAAGAAAGGUGAAUACGAUAAGGCGUUACAACAUUAUGAAAAAGAACUGGAAAUUCAAGUGAAGUCGUUGCGACCCCUUCAUCCAUCAUUAGCAACUACAUACAAUAACAUUGGAUCAGUUUACCAGAAGAAAGGUGAACACGAUAAGGGAUUAGAAUAUUAUGAAAAAGGACUGGAAAUUCAACGGAAGUCGUUCUCACCCCUUCAUGGAUCAUUAGGAACUACAUAUGUUAAUACUGGAUUAGUUUAUAGUAGUAAAGGUGAAUAG